AUGUUAGCUAUUGGCGAUAGUAUUUUAAGAUUAGUGAACUUUGUGUUCUUGGUGAUUGCAUUAGGUUUGACCGGUUCAUUGGCUGCAACCACCAUCAACCAACAUAAUCCACAAAUUAAUUUUGGUGUUUUUGCUGCAGCUUUUGGAAUUUUGACCUCUUCACUUUAUGGAAUCUUGGCCUUUUUCAUUGCUGCAUUAGCAUGGCCCGUGAUCUUGGCUGUAUUUGACUUCUUGAACUUUGUGUUCACCUUUGCUGCUGCAACCGCAAUUGCUGCUGCUAUUCGUUGCCACUCCUGUACCAACUCAAGUUACCUCAAGAACAACAACAUCGCCCAGGGAAGUACUGGAAGAUGUAGAAAAGCUCAGGCUUCGGUUGCUUUCUUGUACUUUUCCGUUUUCAUCUUCAUAGCCUCAGGUGUAUUUUCAUUCAUCUCCGUCUUCAGAGGUGGUAGUGUGGUAAGAUCCACUCCAAGAGUUGGUAUUCCUACUAUGUCACAAGUUUAA